GCAUCUGCUGUAUUUCCAAAUAUGCCACCCCUCUGCAACCCGAUUCUCCCCGGAUUCAACGCGGACCCCUCGAUCGUCCGCGUCGGAUCAGAUUAUUAUGUCGCAACCUCGACAUUUGAAUGGUACCCUGGCGUCCAGAUCCACCACUCCACAGACCUCGCAAACUGGGAUCUCGUUGUGCGCCCCCUCACCAGAGCAUCCCAGCUAGACAUGCGCGGGGCUCCUGACAGCUGCGGCAUCUGGGCGCCGUGUCUCACCCACGAUGGGGACAAGUUCUGGCUCGUGUACACGUACGUGACACGCAAGGACGGCUCGUUCAAAGAUGCGCAUAACUACAUUGUUACAGCGCCCGCAAUAGAAGGGCCCUGGUCAGAUCCUGUGCACGUGAAUUCGUCGGGGUUCGACCCAAGUUUAUUCCAUGACGACGAUGGGAAGAAGUGGUUUGUAAAUAUGCUCUGGGAUCAUCGGCGGCGACCGCGCGCGUUUGCUGGAAUUGCACUGCAGGAGUUUGAUCCCGUCUCUGGGAAGUUGGUCGGUCCUAUGAAAAAUAUCUUUCGUGGAACGGAACUGGACCUCGUCGAGGGCCCGCAUCUGUAUAAGCGCAACGGAUGGUAUUAUCUCCUCACGGCAGAGGGUGGGACCGCGUACGAGCAUGCUUGCACGCUUGCGCGGUCGAGGAGUAUCUGGGGCCCGUAUGAAACGCAUCCUCAGACGCACAUUCUGAGCUCCAAAGAUGCGCCGUUUGCAGCGCUGCAGCGUGCCGGGCACGGCGACCUUGUUGAUACGCCCGAUGGGAGAACUUACCUUGUCCAUUUGACGGGCCGGCCCGUUGGACAGAGCAGGAGGUGUGUGCUUGGUCGCGAGACGGCUAUCCAGGAAGCGUACUGGGAUAACAAUGACUGGCUGUGGGUUAAAAAUGGGCCUGUACCUUCGCUGUACGUCGAUGUGCCGGGGACCCGCGUUGAGAAGCAGUACUGGGUCGAACGGCGAUAUACGUUCGGAGAUGGCACGUUACAUAAAGACUUCCAGUGGCUGCGCACCCCCGAGCCACAGCGUAUAUUUUCGAUCGAGAACGGUGCUCUGUCGCUUAUAGGCCGGGAGUCAAUUGGGUCGUGGUUUGAGCAGGCGCUCGUUGCCCGACGCCAGACUCAUUUCUCGUACGAUGCAGAGACAGUCCUGGCAGAUUACACACCUAUCAAUGAGCGCCAGUUUGCGGGCCUUGUUGCGUACUACUGCCGGUACAACUUUUUCUACCUCGCCGUGACAGCAGACGAAUACGGACAGCGGGAAAUUAAUAUAUUUCGAUCUGAAGCCUCGUAUCCGGAAGGAAAACUCGAUACUCCAGCCCCGGACCCGGUUCGACUUCCAAAUGAGGGGAGGGUCAGGCUGGCACUGAGCAUCCGAGGCGGACUGACUUUGCAGUUCUUUUAUGCCCUUGAAGACUCGGACUUACAGCCUUUUGGACCAGUCUUUGAUGCGUCGAUACUAUCGGAUGAAUGCGGAGGGCAUCAAGCGCAUGGGAGUUUCACUGGUGCAUUUGUGGGCAUGGCUUGCUCAGAUGUGAAUGGCACGGCAUUGCCGGCGAAGUUUGAGUCUUUUGUUUAUAAGCCUAUCAAGGAUGUUGCUGAUCGAUAUGAGGUUUGA